AUGAACCCCACAAGGAGGAGUAUUGUCGCCGCAGCGCGAAUAUCAAUACGGCCUACAAAAAUCCCAAGAAACUCCUGGGCAAGAAACUCAUCAACAGCCACCAAUCCGCCUCCCACAUCAAAACAACAAAACGGCACACGAUCUUUCCACGCCAAACCCCCCCAAAAUGCCGGUCUGGCAGAAGCCUCAAAUCCCGCAAUGGCAUUUCCCUGUCUCGACGCCCUAGAAUCCAAAACUGCAACACUCGAAGCGCGCUCUAUGGCCAGCGGCCCCGAGCCAUCCUAUACCAGCGGCGCAACACUCUCGUAUCACUGCUCCGAACCUCUUCUCCUCGACUGGGGCGGUGUCCUUCCUUCUUUCAAUAUAGCCUAUGAAACAUGGGGUUCUCUAAACGCAGACAAAUCCAACGCAAUCUUAUUACACACCGGUCUCUCAGCAUCAUCACAUGCGCAUUCCACAGAACGGAAUCCGAAGCCAGGGUGGUGGGAGAAGUUCAUUGGCCCUGGAGGCUGUCUGGACACGGACAAAUAUCAUGUUAUAUGCACGAAUGUUAUCGGGGGCUGCUACGGGAGUACAGGACCAAGCAGUAUCGAUCCAGCAGAUGGCAACCGCUACGCUACUCGUUUCCCAAUCCUCACAAUGGAAGAUAUGGUACGCGCGCAAUUCCGGCUACUUGACGGACUUGGUAUAAACAAAUUGUAUGCAAGUGUUGGGGCAAGUAUGGGAGGUAUGCAAUCACUAGCUGCUGGGAUCCUUUUUCCUGAGAGAGUUGGGAGGAUAGCGAGUAUCUCAGGCUGCGCACGGAGCCAUCCGUACAGCAUUGCGAUGCGGCAUACGCAGCGCCAGGUCCUUAUGAUGGAUAAGAACUGGAGUCGGGGAUUUUACUACGACAACAUACCUCCUCACGCGGGUAUGAAACUCGCGAGGGAAAUCGCUACGGUUACAUAUCGAUCGGGCCCAGAAUGGGAGCAGAGGUUUGGGAGGAGGAGGGCUGAUCCGAGGAAGGUGCCUGCACUGUGUCCGGAUUUUUUGAUCGAGACGUAUCUGGAUCAUGCGGGAGAGAAGUUUUGUUUGGAGUAUGAUGCGAAUAGUCUGCUUUAUGUGAGCAAAGCUAUGGAUCUCUUUGACCUUGGCGCCGCGCAUCAAUCUGCCACUGCGGCUCGCCGUGCGGAAAGCUCAGAGCGGUUAGGGGCCAAAGAUCAGAGUUGGGAUGGAGCUACUUCUUGCAGUCUGACGCUUCCAGAUACACCAUACGAAGAACAGCCCGAAGCAGAAGCUCCCACUGAUCUCAAUGCGCCCGUGACACUUUCGUCCGCACCCCCACAAGAUUUGGUUCUAGGGCUGAAAGGCUUGCGAGAUCAUCCAGCGCUUAUCAUGGGCGUCGAGAGCGAUAUCUUGUUUCCGGCGUGGCAGCAGAGGGAGAUUGCUGAGACGCUGAAGAAGGGCGGGAAUAAGAAUGUUACGCACGUGGAGUUGGGACAGGACUUGAGUCUCUUUGGACAUGAUAGCUUUUUGUUGGAUUUGGAGCAUAUUGGGGGGAAUUUGAGGCAGUUCUUGGGAUAA